CCCCGGGCUCUCCCGCAGCCCCCCCGCCCACGCCUCCAGCGCGCCGCCGACCCUCGGGUCCCGGAGGCUUUGGCGACGAUCGCCCCUGCCCGCUCCCUUCCUCCGGCCACUUCUCCCCCGAGUUGCGCCGUGCCCCAUGGCCCUGGCCGAGGGACGUCUGCGGGACGCCGACGGACUGGGCAGCGCCACUCAGUGAGAUCCCCGUUGCCAGAUAUAUGUGCCGAGGACCAGGAGGAGCUGUGUGAAGGCAUUUCUAUGCAGCAGUUGCUUCAUGACCCCUCCUCCAGCUGAGUGAAGCCAGACCAGCGUCCACCAUGACGACACUCAUUCUGGGAGCAAUGCUGCUCAUCCUCCGGCCCCAGCUAGUGCCUUCUCACCCCGCUGCCGGCUCCCAAGCCGAAGGCCCCUCAGAAGCCGGACAGAAAGAGCUGUUGAGGAAAGGCUCUCUCCAAAGCGACUUCCAAGACGGGGCUCCUUCGAACGGUUCCAGCCAGCGGCUGCCCCAGACGAUCAUCAUCGGCGUGAGGAAAGGCGGUACCCGAGCCCUGCUGGAGAUGCUCAGUCUGCACCCGGGGAUAGCGGCUGCUGAAAGUGAAGUCCAUUUUUUUGACUGGGAAGAUCACUAUGGAAACGGCCUGGAAUGGUACCUCAGUCAAAUGCCCUACUCUUCCCCUCAUCAGCUCACCGUAGAAAAGACCCCCGCCUACUUCACUUCAUCCAAAGUGCCUGAGAGAGUUUAUAACAUGAACCCCUCCAUCAGACUGCUCCUGAUCUUGCGAGACCCCAGCGAGCGAGUUCUGUCUGACUAUACGCAAGUGUUUUAUAACCACGUGCAAAAACACAAACCCUACCCGUCCAUCGAAGAAUUCCUCAUCAAAGACGGGGAGCUCAACGUGGAGUACAAGGCAAUAAACCGGAGCCUCUAUUACUUUCACAUGCAAAACUGGCUCCGGUACUUUCCCCUCGAUCACAUUCACAUCGUGGAUGGGGAUCAACUCAUUAGAGACCCUUUCCCAGAAAUCGAAAAAGUAGAGCGGUUCUUGAAGCUGGCUCCCCAAAUCAAUGCUUCAAACUUCUAUUUUAAUAAAACAAAAGGCUUCUACUGCCUAAGGGACAGCGGCAGAGACCGGUGUUUACACGAGUCAAAGGGAAGAGCACACCCUCAAGUGGAUCCCAAACUACUCAAUAAACUGCACGAAUACUUUCAUGAGCCAAAUAAGAAAUUCUUUGAGCUCGUGGGCAGAACAUUUGACUGGCACUAGACUCCCCAGCGAGGUUCUGAACCUUUCUACUCUAAGUUCUGGUGUGUGUCUAGGAAAGACAAAAAUAUCGAUGAUAAUAUUAAUAAUAAUAACAAAGGGCAUUGAAGCUAUAAUUUAUUUGUAAAAAUCCAUAAAUUACUUAUGUACAGUAUUAGAUUCACAAUUGCCAUAUAUACUAGUUAUAUUUUUCUACUUGUUAAAUUGAAAGCAUUUUGUAUUGUUUUUCAUGGUUGUUGACAUGGUGUACGAUGUCUCUAUAUGAAGGAACUAAAAUAUUUCACUGCGUAAGA